CUCCCGGUGGCCUCGGUCUGCCCCAGAGCGGCCCGGACGGGGUUGCCCAAGACCCAAGGCGGGGGGCGGUACCGGGAUGCUGAAAGGGCGGGGGUGGGGGCAGAGGGGCUGCCCGGCCGUGGAGUCUGGAGCCUAGGGUGUCAGGAUCCCCCCCGCCACCAGCGACCUUGGACAAGUCAUUCCUCCUUUCUGGGUCUCAGUUUCCUUGCUGUCAGAUGGGAGAGACGUUGAGUCCCUCUCUCUUCCUUGACAGUCCAAACGCGGGCGGUUCUAGAAGGAGCGUGAGUUGAGUGGGAUCCAGACUGGCGUGGCAGGUACCUGCCUCUCCCUGGGCGUUAGGCUGUUGUUUUUUACCCAGUUUAGCCAUUCUUUUUCUCGGCGACGUUCUUAGUGCGAGUCAAGGCUCUGUGACUAGACUGCCCGGAUCUCGCCAGGACAGAAUGCUUUGACCUCCAAGCUGUUUUAAAUCUGGUAGAUAAGCCAGAUACUGUUCUGUAAGCCCUUGGCCCACACUGAAGUGGGAAUACAGUUUUCUUGGAUGACUGGAACUUUCUAGGCACCAGUCUCUGAAGUCCUGCUUGCUGGCCAAAGGACUAGAAUACUGGGGUGGUUCACUAGCUGGUCACCCGUGCAGGAUAACCACACAGCAAAAAUGUUUGCAAAACUGAAGAAGAAAAUUGCAGAAGAGACAGCUGUGGCUCAGAGGCCAGGGGGCGCUACUAGGAUACCACGGUCAGUGAGCAAGGAAUCCGUUGCCUCUAUGGGAGCUGACUCGGGAGAUGACUUUGCUUCCGAUGGAAGCAGCUCCAGAGAAGAUCUUUCAUCCCAGCUCUUGAGAAGGAAUGAACAGAUCCGGAAACUUGAAGCCAGACUUUCUGACUAUGCUGAACAGGUCCGAAACUUGCAGAAGAUAAAAGAGAAGCUUGAAAUUGCAUUAGAAAAACACCAGGAUUCUUCCAUGCGGAAAUUUCAAGAGCAGAAUGAGACAUUCCAAGCCAACAGAGCCAAAAUGGCAGAAGGACUGGCUUUGGCAUUAGCCAGAAAGGACCAGGAAUGGUCAGAAAAAAUGGAUCAGCUUGAAAAGGAGAAAAGGUUUCUGACAGCUCAGUUACAGGAAAUGAAGAACCAGAGUUUGAAUCUUUUCCAAAGGAGGGAUGAAAUGGAUGAAUUAGAGGGGUUCCAGCAACAGGAACUAAGUAAAGUAAAGCACAUGCUUUUAAAAAAAGAAGAAAGUCUGGGGAAAAUGGAGCAAGAGUUGGAGGCUCGAACCAGAGAACUUAGUCACACCCGGGAGGAGUUGAUGACCUCCAGUCAGAUGUCAUCAGACUUGAGCCAGAAGCUAGAAGAAUUGCAGAGACACUGCUCAGCGCUGGAAGAGCAGAGAGAUCAUGUGACAGCUUCAAACACAGGUGUGGAAAAUAAGAUCUCAGCCCUGGAGCAAAAGGAACAAGAGCUCCAAGCAUUCAUUCAGCAGCUUUCCAUGGAUUUGCAGAAGGCCACUGCUGAGACUCAAGAGAAGGAAAUACUCAUCACCCAUUUGCAGGAGAAGGUCUCGUCCUUGGAGAAGAGACUAGAGCAGAACUUAUCAGGAGAAGAACACGUGCAAGAACUGCUGAAAGAGAAAACUGUUGCUGAGCAGAAUUUGGAGGAUACCAGACAGCAGCUCCUGGCAGCCAGAAGCAGCCAGGCCAAGGCCAUUGACGUCUUGGAGACUCGGGUGAAGGAGCUCGAGCAGAGCUUGCUGGCAUCGGAGGAGAAGCUGAAGCACAGCGAGGAUGUCGCGGCGGCCCAGGAGGCUCGGAUUCAGGAGCUAGCCAACGCAAACAGGGAGAGCAGCCUGGCGCAGCAGCAGGUGCUGGCUCGGGAGCAGCAGGGCAUGGAGCGCGUCCGCACGCUGGAGGCCCAGCUCGCCGCCCUGGAGAGAGCUCAGGCGGCUGAGCAGAGGGCCGCGGAGCAAGCGGUGAGACAGCUGGAGCAAGAAAACGCAGCCCUCAAAGAAAGUAAGAGUGAAUGUGAGCGUUCUUUACAACACCACCAGCUUGAGCUGAAAAAGCUAAAGGAAGAAUGGAGCCAAAGAGAAAUUGUGAGUGUGGCCAUGGCUCAAGCCCUGGACGAGGUGCGGAAGCAGAGGGAGGAGCUCCAGCAGCAGGCUGCUGACCUCACAGCUGUCGUAGAGGAGAAGGAGCAGACUCUGCAGGAAAAAACCGAGGUGAUUCUCCAGAAAGAGCAGGAGAUUUUCCAGCUGAAGAAAGGUCACGACUCUGCCCUGUCGCAGAUGCACCAGCUGCAGAGUGAACUGGAGGCCCUGCAGAGCCUGAGGGCGGAGGAGGCUGAGGCUGCUGCAGCAGACGACGUGCUGAGGCUGCCCAGCCCGGACCAGGGCUUGGCACUGUCGGGGCCCGAGCCACACGUAACCUCAAGGGCCACGGGGGGCCCCGUGUACCAGCUUCCAGCAGCAGAGGGAAUCCCAAACGGCGAGGUGGAGGUCAUGGACCUAGGGCAGCUACAGAAGGAAAAACAGGACUUGGAGCAGCAACUUCUGGAGAAAAAUAAGACCAUAAAGCAGAUGCAGCAGAGGAUGCUGGAACUCAGAAAGACGCUCCAGAAGGAACUGAAAAUCAGACCCGACAACGAGCUCUUUGAAGUCCGGGACAAGCCUGGCCCUGAGAUGCCGAACAUGGCUCCUUCUGUCACGAACAGCGCAGACCUGACCGAUGCCCGCGAGAUCAACUUUGAAUACCUGAAGCACGUGGUUCUGAAAUUCAUGUCCUGUCGGGAAUCUGAGGCUUUUCACCUUAUAAAAGCUGUGUCAGUGUUGCUGAACUUCUCACAAGAGGAAGAGAACAUGCUCAAAGAAACCCUGGAGUAUAAGAUGUCGUGGUUUGGGUCCAAGCCAGCCCCCAAGGGCAGCAUCCGGCCCUCCAUCUCUAACCCUCGGAUACCCUGGUCCUAGAUGGAGGUACCGACAGGCGAGCGCCACGCGGUGACACUUUUUCUGUGAAAAGAACACUGACACACCAGUUCGGGUGGGUUUUUAAUCACUGUAACUGCAGUAUUUUGUACAAGCGUCAAAACAUUGUUUACAAGACUUAAGGCCGCCUUCCCGGCAGACGGACCCGAGCCUCGGAGCUGGCGGACCCAGUGUCCGUGCGCUCGUGAGCCGGAGGGUCCUGGCGCACCCCACAUCUCCCCAGCGCUGCUCGCAUCCCAGCUCUGGCCGCCGCCCGUCUGCGCCGGGGCCCGCCAGAGUGUCCGCGUUCACGCUUGAAGCUGCGGCGGCCGCCUCGGGCAGGGAGGAGGCCCGGUCCAGCCCGCGGAGAUGGCUCCGGGCGUGAAGGCGGCCCGGCGGAGUGGUGGUCGCGGGCCUGCCCCGCCUGCUUCUGCCACACACAGCAGCUCGCUGGACUGGGCUUUCCCGGUUAGCAUGUUUGGGGUUGGAUGAGCUAGAAGAGGCUUUUUAACCCUUCCUCUCAAGAAAACAUUAUUUCACCUUGUUUCCCAAACCACCCAGAGCUUUAGGCGUGCACAUCUCUAAGGUACUCUGGGGCCAGGGUGGACUCCUGCAUAUGCAACUCUGACAGUAUCUCACCUUACUGAGGAGAACUAGCAAAUCUAUAAAAAAGAUCCUUAGUACCAAAUACACUCAAUUGCCUUUUUAAUGAAUGUACUUGUCUUGGAUAGGUUGCUGGUAAACCAUUUUAAACUAUUUUUUAUAGCUAAAGUUCUUCGCUAUUAUAAACAUGUCUCUGUAUCAUAAAAUCCAUUUAACUGGUGUUCUUGAAGGCAAAUCAGAGCAUCAAGAGGAAACUAUUUCUAGGAUUGGGACGCCUCUCCCUUUUUUAAUUUCACUAGCAUUCUGUGGUCUCUGCUUCCCUCUGAAGCAGUGGUGGUAUUUCGUUUGCUUUGCUUUUAACUCCGUGUUGUAAGACUGAGCAAAUGCUAAUCCCGUUUGCUGUGGUUAAGGACUGUCUGCUCCAUCCUCGACCAAAACAUCGCCUUGUAUGUGGAGCCACCCCCUCUCCCCCCAACCCCUGCCCCUAUCCCUGCAUAUUUAAGCCAACACUACAUUCCGGCCUCCAGACAGCCCCCCACUGGCCAUAGUGCGUGACAGCAGGCCAGUGGCUCUGGCAGGGACCCUGAAAACUUGUUCUCUUACUAAGGAAAGGGGAACGUGCUUGCACUGGAGAAUACACAGUACGGACUCCCAGGAGACUGCUAAUUGAUUACGUUUGACCCAAGUUUCACUGGUUAAAUGAACCAGUGAAGCUCCUAAAUUUAUUUUCAGUUAGCCAAUGAUGUAAAGUUACGUUUCUCAAAAAUGCAUAGGGUUAAAAUACGUAAAAUAUAAUCUCACGGGAAAACAGGGAUUUGCCGAGUAAAUGUACUACAGGUCCGCAGACCCGGAAGUACCCAGCAAGGGCAGCAUCACCGUCCUCUCUGCUCGGCUGGCUGCCGCCCUCCUGGUCUCCAGUCACCUACCUCCUCCCGUGGCUCCUCCCUGCACAUGGCUCUCCUUUGUUUAGAAUAUUAGUUUUCCUUUUAUCUGGUGGGGACACAAGAUAGGAAUUGCUUCUGUUCUGUAAUUGUGGUAAGAGGUGGCUUCUCCAGCUGUUCCAGGAGUCUCCCCACGUUGGGUGGCUCAGGGCUUCCCAGCGGCUCCGAGACAGCGACAGCGCAGGGGGUCCCCUGUUGACUCCACUGUGGCCUCCCUGCCCACAGGCCCCCCGCAGCUUUCACUCGGCCUGGACUGGCUAAGGGAGGCUUCAUUCUGAGUAGGCUUUCCUCCUGCAUGUCGAAUCUCCUUCAGCUUUAAGAGGAAGAGUGGAGUAAAUAUUCCAAGUGAUUCAAUGCACUUUUACUUGUAUAAAACGUUCUGUGAUACAGUGUGUAUAGCUCUUUAUAUGAGCAUUGGAGUUGGAUCACUCUCCAUGUUGUAAAUAGGACUUGUACUAUCUAAGACUGCUGUAGAAAAUUCAUUUGUGGUGUCACUUUUUGAUUAAAGCUCUUUAAUCGAGA